GGCACAUUAGAACUCACUCGAGAAUGCGUCUUUCCUACUUUCUUGUUGUGGCUUUGACCGGUCUGCUGGCCUGCGCAUCAGCUGUGGACUCGGAGAAGACCUUCACGGUGUCACACAACCAAGUGCGAUUUGGCGCUGGCGUCAACAACAACGAACAGCGCUUCCUUAGAGCCUACCCAGAGACUGACGACAGUGAGGUCUCCAAGACUGCCAAAGACGCCAAGACUGCCGAGGAAGAGGAUGACUCCGAAGACAGCGAAGAGGAGAGGUUCUCACUUAUCCAGAUAUCCAACAGGCCCCGCUACUACUGGUGGUUCCGGCAUCAAAUGACUCCUCGUGAUGUUCGUAAGGAACUGGGCCUGAGAAAGAAUUCGAUCAAGCUAGUUAAGCGCUCGAUCUACGCCGGCUACGUCAAGUACUACGACAAGCACUGCACGGCUACCCGAAACCGUUUACGGAAACGACGCGGGUCAGUGAUGACGGAUUCCCGCAAUACAGACGCCGACGUCGACCGGAAGGAGUUCUUAUCUUCAAAGGGAAAAGAGUACGACAACGCAACGGUGAAUCAAUGGGUGGUACCGUACAAUCCCUAUUUUUCACAGAAGUACAAUUGCCACAUCAACAUUGAAAUAUGCACGGCGCUCUCGGUGGUGAAGUAUCUGUACAAGUACGUCUACAAGGGAUCCGACAGGGCAGUGAUUAUAGUGGAGGCGGUGCCAGGCGAGGCUACUAUUAACAGACGGGAGCCCAACGAGAUCAUUCGGUACGUAACCGCGCGGUACAUAUCUCCAGUUGAGGCGUGCAUGCGUCUCCUUGGACACGUCGUUCAGGGAAAGACCCAUGCGGUGUUUCUGCUUACGGUGCACCUCGAAGGCCAGCAGAUGGUGAUUUUCUGGGAGACAGAAGACCCGGAACGCGUCAUUGGCCGUAACGAGCGCACGAAGCUUACCGCCUUUUUCGAGGUAUGCGCGAGCGAAGCCCCCGAGGACCAGGUAGCCAAGACAAUUGUGUACCAGGAUAUCCCAAAGUACUUCCGGUGGGACAAACACAAGAUGUGGGUCUGUCGCAAGAAGUACCAAGCAGCGCUAGGACGCAUGGUACACAUGUCUCCCAGAGAUGAAGAGAGGUUCUACUUGCGCGUGUUGCUGUGUCACCGCAAAGGUCCUACUUCCUUUGUGGACCUUCGGACUGUGGAUGGCGUCGUCUGUGGAUCGUACAAGGACGCGGCGGUACGCUUGGGAUAUCUCGAGAAUGACGAAGAGUGGAGAGCCUGUAUGGAGGAAGCCGCGACAUUCCAGAUGGCGUAUCAAUUGCGUCAGCUUUUCGCUACGCUUUUGGUGUACUCUCAGGUUGCGCAGGUGCGUCAGCUAUGGGAUGAGUUCUACGAAGCACUGUCCGAGGACUUCAACCGCCGAUUCCGCGCCAUGGAAGGACAGGCGAAGGACAACUUGGUGAUGUUUAACACACUCAAGAGUCUGAACGAGUUGCUUCAAGUAAGCGGAAAAGCGGUAGCUGAGUUUAAUCUGCCGCAACUUGACCAGUUCCCGGAUCUACUUUCUUCGGGAAGCACUACAGGCCGAUAA